UCUCUUUUUAUUUUGUUGUUACUUGUUGUCAAUACUAAUACAAAAUUUAUCCACACGGUUUUAUUUUUAGAAUAAUGUUCACAUAUUAUUAUUACGAGUAUAUAACUACCUUUCAAUUCUCUCUGCCUCUCAUAGUUAAUAUAUAUACGUUCACAAUCACUUCUCUUCUCUAUUUCUUAUUCAUUAUCUCAACCCUCUCUCUCUCUCUCUCAGUACAACUUAUCAUCCAUCACCAUAUAUAGAGAAUAUGAGCAAAACGGAAGCAAUCAGCUUGACCAAAAGGGGAAUGUUGCCGCCAAGUAGUUGCAAUAGCCUAAUGGACCGCUCUGAGUCCCUUAAGAGGGACAGUGUGAUGGGCAAUGGUGCAGCCAAAGUGAGAGGAAGCUUGGAGCGCAAGAAAUCAAAGAGUUUUAAGGAAGGAGAUAGUUAUUCUUCGUGGCUCAUAACGGAGGCUCCUGGGAGUAUAGCCGCCGUGAGGAGAGAGCAAGUGGCGGCACAACAAGCACUAAGGAAACUAAAGAUUGCUCAUUACGGUAGAUCCAAAUCAACCAUUAAUUUCACUUCUUCCAAAGUCGUCCCUCUUCUUAACCCUAACCCUAACCCUCAUCCUCAGAGAUGCAGCUUCCUCACCCCCACUUCUGAUCCUAUUUACGUGGCCUACCAUGAUGAAGAAUGGGGAGUUCCAGUUCAUGAUGACAAGACGUUGUUCGAACUGCUGACCCUAAGCGGCGCACAAGUAGGCUCCGAUUGGACUUCAACCUUGAGAAAACGCCAUGACUAUAGGAAGGCCUUUAUGGAGUUUGAGGCGGAAGUGGUUGCCAAACUCACCGAGAAAGAGAUGAAUGCAAUAAGCAUCGAAUACAAGAUAGAGAUGAGCAAAGUGAGAGGUGUUGUGGAAAACGCUAAAAAGAUCGUAGAGAUCAAGAAAGCGUUUGUGUCAUUAGAGAAAUACCUUUGGGGAUUUGUGAACCACAAACCAAUCUCCACGAACUACAAGCUUGGACACAAGAUUCCGGUCAAGACAUCGAAGUCGGAGAGCAUCAGCAAAGACAUGGUUCGUCGAGGCUUCCGGUUCGUGGGUCCCACUGUGGUUCACUCAUUCAUGCAAGCCGCUGGUCUUACAAACGACCACUUGAUCACUUGCUGUCGCCACGCUCCUUGCACUCUCCUUGCAACCAAUCCCUAAUUAUUAAUUUUUAAUUUAAUUGAAAGUGGUGUUUUUAUUUAACUUUCGAGUGCAAAAUGUAGGUUUAGGAGAAAAGAGAUUGCAGUUUUUUAAAAUUGGCAAUGUAAGAUAAACCAGCUGGUUUGAUUUUUUUCUUGUGUGUGAGGUGUUUAAAAUCACAUGUAUAAUGGUUUUUGAUGUAUGUGUGGUGUGGCAAAUUGAAAUAGUAAUUGAUUUUCAUUUGAUUUAUCUAUUGUUCAAAAUUUGUU